AUGGCCAUCUCCCCCCUCCUCGUCGUACUCUCAAUAGCUGCAGCCGCCUCCGCUGCAGCUUCCCAGAUCGUUGCACGCGAUGGUCAUGGUCACCAUCACUCCAAUGCAGCACCCCUUCUCGUGCUCAACGAGACAGAGGUUACAAUGUACCACUCACCAACGCCACCCUCCUACUUCACAAUCGACUGGGAUGACCCAGAUCCACAAGGAGCGCGACAUCCGGGCUUGAUGAUAGCACACGGGCUCUUCAUGAUGCUGGCCUUCUUUGUGGCCUUACCGGCGGGGAUCGCGCUGCGGUCAGUAAAGCACGCUUGGCAUGGAGUCGCAGUACUUGCCUUCUAUGCUUGCUGCGCUCUUGGCUGCGCAUCCAGCAUGCUCUACAGAAAAAUGACGCCGAAUAUGUACGAAGGUGCUGUGCAUGGUAGACAGGGCUACUUCAUCCUCCUCUUUGCGGUCAGCCUUUCCGCCAUCGACAUACUCAAUCUCGUCCGACGCCUAGUCACUUUCUUCCGGAGUUCUGAAAAAUUCGAGCUUUAUUCCUUCUGGCACAACACUAUUUUGGGACGUGACUUACUUCCGCAAUCCACGGGUCCUGAGUAUACCGGACUCACCGCCGCUGAACCUGAAUCUAUCGAUGACGAGUUUGCAGAAUCCAAAUUACCUCCCUCGCCAACCAAUGUCCAGAGCCACCACCCACUGCGCCGGCAAUCUGAUUCUGAGGACCAAGGGGGCAGCCAACACGAGCAAACCGCACGUUGGGCCAACCGAGUUCAUACUCACCGUCGGGAUUACUCAGUGUACUCUGCUGCCUCUGAUCGCACGCUGUUUGCCACCCGCUCGCCACCUUCCGAAGAAACCCUACAGGAUGAUGAGCCACACCACGCUAUACCCAAAAUAAAGGAACGCCUUUACAAGCGAGUGGCUAGUGUAGCAUUCGCUACCGCGGAGCGAGCUCUCGUCUUCGCAGGGCUAGCGCAAGUCCUGACCGGAAUCGUCAUCUAUACUGGCGGCUGCAGAGAGAAUUACGUGAACGGGUGUUUAGCCCAUUUGAUAAAGGGUGCGAUCUUCUGGUCCUAUGGGUUAGUAACCUUCGCUCGGUUCUUGGGCUCGUUCUCUGAGCUCGGAUGGGCCUGGAAUCGCGCGCCUUCUGGCCACCCUGUCUCCGCCGAAUUCGUAGAGUCGCUCGUCAUCUUCAUAUAUGGGAUCACGAACACCUGGAUGGAGAGGUUCGGCGCGAACCCCGGCGAUCCGUAUACCACGAAGCAGAUUCAACACAUUGGUAUCGCUGUGAUGUUCUGGUUUGCAGGGCUGGUCGGAAUGGGAAUCGAGUCUAGGAUGGUCCGCCGAUGGUUGGCUUCAUCUACGAUGGCAGGCGUGAAGGUGACCACGCGGCUCAGGGAGGAAGGCGCGAUAGCCGAGCCGCCCAGCUACCGAGCGAGCUUCAACCCAUUCCCCGCGCUCGUCAUUGGGGUAACGGGUGCCGCCAUGGCCGCCCAUUUCCAAACAUACCUGUUCCAAGUCCAAAUCCAUCAACUAUGGGGCAACCUCCUGCUCGGUUUCUCCGUGCUGCGCUGCCUCACCUACUUCUUCCUCUGGCUCUCCCCACCUACGUCGGUUCUACCUUCGAGGCCGCCCACGGAAGCACUAGGAUCGUUCUUCUUGGCCUGUGGUGGCUUGGAGUUCAUGUUCUCGACGGAAGAGUUGACCAUCGCUGCGAUGCGUAGAGGUCGAGAUGAUGUUAUGAUGUUCUUGAACGUGGGCGUCGCGAUCACAUGUCUGGCUUUCUGUUGGACGCUAUGUGUAGUCGCCUUCAAGGGGUGGCUCAAGAUGAGGUCGGUGAAGCCCUCCGUUGAGUAUGCUUGA